AUGGCAACCAACACCCGCCCCAUCGUCUCGGUGAAGGCCCUGGAGGGUGACAUGACCACCGACUGCGCCGGCCUCGCCCUUGCCGAGGUCUUCCGCUCGCCGAUCCGCCCCGACGUUGUCCGCUCAGCCCACAGGUUGCUCUCCUGCAACAAGCGCCAGCCCUACGCCGUCUCCCGUCGCGCCGGACACCAGACCUCGGCCGAGUCUUGGGGCACGGGGCGUGCGGUGUCACGUAUUCCUCGUGUCCCUGGAGGCGGAACACACCGCGCUGGCCAGGGGGCCUUCGGCAACAUGUGCUGUGGGGGACGUAUGUUCGCACCCACCAAGACCUGGCGCAAGUGGCACCGCCGCGUCAACGUCCACAUGCGACGUGUCGCCGUCACCUCCGCCCUCGCCGCCACCGCCGUCCCAGCCCUUGUCCUCGCCCGCGGUCACCGCAUCGAAACCGUCCCUGAGAUGCCCCUUGUCAUUUCUGACUCGGCGGAGUCCAUCGAGAAGACUUCUCAGGCCAUCAAGAUCCUGAAGCAGACCGGUGCCUAUGCUGAUGCUGAGAAGGCCCAGGACUCUGUUGGCAUCCGAACUGGCAAGGGUAAGAUGCGCAACCGCCGAUACAUCAACCGCAAGGGGCCUCUCGUUGUCUACGGCACUGAGGGAUCGAAGAUCGUCAAGGCCUUCCGCAACCUGCCUGGUGUGGAUGUCGCCAACGUUGAGCGCCUCAACCUUCUCGACCUUGCCCCUGGUGGCCACCUUGGGCGGUUUGUAAUCUGGACAGCAAAUCGCAUUCAAGAAGUUGGAGGAGGUGUAUGGCACCUUUGA